GGAGGAGGAGGAGGACCCAUCAUGAAGCGGUCCUUCCUGCUUCCUGUCCUUGUUUCAGGUCGGACGUGUUAUUAUAGUGACACAGGCAGCAUGGACUCUGCAGCUCAGCGGGUUCUGGAGGAUCUGACAGCAGUCGAGGAGGCAGCUGAGGAGAUCCUCACCUCUAAACAACAGAUCGUGGACCUGGACUCAAAGAGGAACAGGAACAGAGAGGCGUUGAACGCUCUGAAGAAUGAAAUGUCAGAUUCAGACAAAGUGAAGGUUUGCUUCGGAAACAUGUUCAUCAAAUUUCCCAAAUUGAAGACGAGAGAGAUGAUUCAGAAAGACCAGGAGCAGCUGGACAAGGAGAUAAACGAACUCCGCAAUGGACUGAAAGCAAAAGUCAAUCGUCUUAAUGAGAUGCAAGGGAAACCGGAGCUGAGAGGCUACAACCUCUCUCCUCUGUCCACCGAUGAAAUCAAAGCUAUCAACGGCCUUUUGAAGAGAUGACAUCACUAAGAUAGAGAUGACAUCACAUCUGCAAACCGCUGGAUAUAUCUGAGGACAUACGGACAAUAGCCUCACCUGCAGCUCUCAGCUGUGCAGAUGUUACUGUACCGUGCUAACCUCUGGAUGACCUCUGGAUGAUCUCAUGAUGCCACAUCAGCCUCCUGGAUUAUUACCUUUAGGACAUUUUUGAAAUUCUUGUCAAACUUUGUAUUCUAGGUUUUAAAAAUGACAAAAAGCAAAGUUAAGACACUUCCUGGUUCACAUUUAUGUGGAUUACUUAUGAUUGGAUUUCAUUGGAUAUAUAUGAAUUACAGUGCAUUACUUUUUGUAGGUAUAUCUACAAACGGUGCAUGAGAACAGCCGGUUCCACUGCUGGAGGAGGAAGUCUGUAGGAUCAUGAUUAUGUUAUUAAACUCAUAGACACUGA